AUGAUCGGCACCCGCCUUAUCAUGUCCCGCACUACCAUCCUUACCCACAUCCUUCGAGCGUACCAUGACCAGCAACAGCAGCAACCGCAGGUGUAUGACAACAGGCACCCAUACGACCACCACCACCGUCCUCCUCCAGCGCCAGUAACACAACAAAAGGCACCCAUCCCGGACGAGACCUCCUCGUCUUCUUCAAGACGCCCCUCUGGCCCUACUACUUCCAGUACUGGACACCAUCAGAAGCAGCAGCAGAAAGAGAGAGGAGAGAUACACCCGAUUGUCAAGACUGAGAACCGUGCCACAACUGGUGCCACAACGACGGCACCAGAAGACAACCAACGGUAA